AUGGCAUCGACCACCAAGGAAGUUGAUGUUGCAGUUAUUGGCGCCGGAGGUGUAGGGGCGUGCUUUUUAAAGCAACUCGCUUACUUGGCUAAGAGUCGACCAUCUUCCCGCAUCCGACUUUGUUAUUUCGCUAUCAUUGACAGAGCUCUAUGUCAUGACGACUACUCCGAUAUCGACAUCGACAAUGCGCUUUCGUUACUUGACUCUGAUGGUUUUGACCCUCCGCAGAUUCCUGAUGUCAUCAAGUAUCUGUCAGCAGCCCCUGGAAAAGUUAUUGUUGUUGACAAUACCGCUUCCGGGCUGAUGGCAGCUUCAUACCCAGAGUUCUUGAAGAAUGGGAUCAGCACCAUUACCCCGAACAAAAAGGCUUUCUCGGGAAGCUACCAGCUGUGCGCUGGAGGUUCAUUUGUCUACCAUGAAACUUCGGUCGGAGCCGGGAUGCCUAUCAUAUCCACUCUCAAUGAGCUUAUAGAGACUGGAGACCAAGUCACUCUUAUUGAGGGCGUAUUCUCAGGGACAAUGUCUUUUCUGUUCAAUUCAUUCUCACCACCAGAAGGACAAGGAGGCAAAUGGUCCAUCGAGGUGAAGAAGGCGAAGGAAUUAGGAUACACCGAACCGGAUCCACGAGAUGAUCUCAACGGUCUGGAUGUUGCUAGAAAGAUUACCAUCCUGGCUCGAUUGGCAGGACUUCCUAUCGAAUCACCCUCAGCGUUCCCAGUCCAGAACCUCAUCCCAAAGGAGCUUCAGACGGCCAUUUCUAGUAAAGAAUUCCUCCAGAAGCUACCUGAUUUCGAUCACAUUCUCGAAAAAGAAAGAGAGGAAGCAAGUAAAGUUAACAAAGUUGUUCGUUUUGUCGGCAAGGUGGACAUCAUUUCCGGCGAGGCUAAGGUUGGCCUUAAGUGGUUUGAGAAGUCUCACCCCAUUGCCAAUCUUCAAGGCAGCGAUAACAUCAUCAACUUUUAUACUAAGCGCUACGGUAAUCUUCCGCUCACAAUCCGUGGAGCCGGUGCUGGAGGGGAAGUUACUGCUAUGGGGGUCACUGGGGAUUUACUCAAGAUUUUGAGACAGAUUUAG